AUGGGUCCGCCCGCAGCUCCACCAGCUCCCGUGAACGGCGUGCUGCCAAUCUCGGUGCUGCAGAAGAAUGCUCCCGCCGCUGCACCCCGCGGGCCCUCAGCAAAGGCCGCCGCACCCCGUCUUAAGCUUGUGCUACGCCGACUGCCCCCCGGACUGACCAAGGCCGAGUUCGAGGCAGCUCUGGGAGACGACUGGAAGCUCGGCGCCGGCAAGGUGGACUGGCUGCUCUACAAGGCGGGAAAGAUAUCCAAGGACCUAGCCAAACCAUCCCGACCUUCUCGAGCUUACCUAAAAGUCACCUCACAAGAGAAUGCCACAGCGCUAUCUGACCUCGUUCGACACGCCUCCUUCAACGAUGCCGCAAACUCGGCCAGAGACGCUGCCCUCAUUGGGCCACCUACCCUCGAAUUUGCUCCCAACUCCCGGGCUCCAGGCGGUAGACGCCGCAAUGAUGCUCGUCAAGGCCUCAUCGACCAGGACCCAGAGUUCAAGGACUUUCUCGAGAGCCUCACAAAUCCCGUCACCAAGCCAGAAACCAAUGGAGAAGGAGCUUCCGAGAAACCGGAUAAAGUCACAACAACUCCCCUCAUCGAGCACAUUAGGGAGAAGAAGGCCAACAAGGACAAGCCCCAGGCCAAGCUUGCUGGUAAGCACGCUCGAGGCGAGUCGCGAGACGACAAGUCCGACAAGGCAGGGGAUAAGAAGAUCAUCAGCAAAGCUGGGAAGGAAAAUGCUGCUGCCUCCUCGGAGAAGGGCAGAAAGAUGAGCAGGGCAGAGCGGGCUGCUAAAGAAGCCGUCAAGGUUCUGAAUAAGGAGGCAUCAGCUAAAGUAGCUGAGACAGCAUCUCCUACGGCAUCGGCUCCCCCGGAAAGAAAACGAGAGCGUGGGAGUGGGAUCGCGGCAGCCAAGAUACUCCAGCGAGAUUUAGGUAUAGGACCAGCUCCCGCCCGCAGACGUGGUACGAAGCGUGAAAGCAGUGCAGCACCGCCGGAUUCUGCCAACAAACCGGAAGAGACGCCACCAGUGAAAGAGACCCAGGCGGAGGCUAGUGCAACUGCACCUCCAGACAAACAAGCCAACGCCAAAGUACCGGCUGCUCCCAAGCCCCCAAAGGAGUCCAAUCGGCCAACUCGUGCAGAGCGACGUGCCCAUAAGGCAGCUCGGGAAGAAAAGAAUAGCCAACCGAACGCAGAAGGAUCCAAGCCGCAACCAAAAACGCCGCCUGCACCUGUCAUACUUAAGAAGCCACCAACAGCACCACAGUCUCCCGCGAAAGGCCCUGCUCAGCCACCAAAGGGCCCUGCUGCCUCGCGUGCUACACCUCCUGAGCCGGCAGCCGCGAAAGCUAUUCCACCGACCGCCCCAGCCGCAACUCAGAAGGCUGCACAGGUCCCCACGCCGUCGACAACAGCCCCCACAUCUACCGGCCGCCAAGCCUUCUUGAAGCAUGCCAACCCAUCUCAAGGCAUCACGGAGCCCUUGAUCGAAGCUGCCCUUGCCGUAUUCGGCGCCAUUGAAAAGGUGGAAAUCGACAAGCGUAAAGGGUUCGCGUACGUCGAUUUUGCGGAUCCGAAUGGCUUGCAAAAGGCCAUCGCAGGCAGCCCGGUCAAGAUUGCGCAGGGCGCAGUGCAAGUGCUGGAGCGGAAGGAGAAGCCUGCUCGGCGACCGCCUGGGCCUGCUGGCCCGCCUACUGGGCCUGCACGUGGUGGCCGUGCUGGCGGCUUUGCUGGUAGAGGUGGAAGAGGAAGGGGUGGCGGAAGAGGGGGCGCGGUUGUGGCGAAUGAAGGGGCACAAAACUCGAGCACGAGUGUGCCUGUUACUGCGAGUGCAGUGAAUACGCCAGCUGAUGCGCCAACUCUAGCGCUGGCUCCGGCUCCGGCUCCUGUUGAGGCUGGGACUUGA